UGCACUGGAAAAUGAACAUUCACUGUCAGUGUCAGUGCCGUGGUGUCAGUGUUUUACUGCCAAUACUGGCUUUACUUUUGCACUGGUUUUUCUUUUGCCAACUACCGGUACUAGAUUAAAAACUCAUUUAUUGAUAUGUUUAUUGCAAUUUUUGAAUAAAUGGUAAUACAAAGUGGGAAAAAAAAGAUAAAUGAAGAUAAAAAUAAUUUUGACUAAAAACUUGUCAUGCCAUCACCCCCCCCCCUAAAAAAAAUACCCACUAUCUUGAAUGACUCAGGUAAUUUAAUUUGUAUUGAAAAAAAUAAACAAUUGUAUUUAUGCAUUUUAUAUUUCUGAUUCUUUCUGCCAGAAUACCAGAUGCCAUCAUGAAUAACCUCACCACCAGGUUGAACUCCUAAACAUCUUGAUGAUGACUAUCUCCCGAGAUAUAUCUUGCCUUCUUGAGAUUGGAAGUUUUAAGUUCAAGUCAGAGCGACCUAAGGCCCUACUACCAAGAAGAAUCCAGAUUUACAUUUAAAAAAAUCCCACGAAAGAUACAAACUGAUUUUACUAUUAAUGUGUAGUGUGUGUGUGAGACACUGUUUGUGUUUAUUUUGAUGAGGAUCUCCUGUCUCUUUUUAUUAUUUCAUUGACUGAAUGAAUGAUCAAUACCUAAAAUUUUGGCGGUUCCCCCCUAAAAUUUUUGGCUUCCGCCGCCAAUGCCAGGAAUGAUGAUGUUCAACUGAGAGUCGCUGAAGUGGAACUUGUUGCAGAGAAUGAUUAUUCCAGGACAAGUUAGAUGAUAUUACCCAGCCCAUACAUCACAACAAUGGAAGGGAGACAAUAUACCCCUGUACUACGUGAAGUAUCAUAUUAUCUUCAGGUUGGUUUGGAAAGUAAUAAUAGUCCUCUAGUCAAUAUUAACGUCUGUCCAACAUAAUGGUACUAUCGAGCAAUUUGGGGGUUCAAUCACAAACAGCAAAAGUUUAGUAAAUUGACACUAGUAAGAUAAUUAAACAAAUAUAAUACAGCCAAACUGUCUGACCCCUUACUUGACUACUGACUUAACUACUUAUUAAAAAAUGACAAGUGAUGCUCAGGCCCUUUGUAACCAUUGUAUUGGGCAGACUUUGAAGCAGAUGACUAGAAUUCAUACUUUCAUGAAGAUGAAGGAAGAUCAAAAGAAUUAUUACAAUUUAGCAAAUAUGAAAUUAGAACACUGUCAUGGUUAUAAAAAAUAAUGAAUUUCUAUCCAGUAAAAUGACAAUACAAUGUAAGAAAUAAGUGCAAUCAAGUAAUUUCAUUUGCAAAAGAUAUUUUCCAUAAUUUAAUAACCAAAUUUCUCAAGAUAAUAUUCUUCUGCACAGAAGUGUAUGACACGCUCAGUGUAAAUCAUGCUGUUUAUAAAUCUCUAGGAAACCUUUUUUUUCAAAAUGAAAAUACAUGUAAACUUAAUAAAAACCAGGGGUGGAUCCAGGAUUUAUCCUGGGGGGGGGGGCCACAUUUUCAUGAUGAAAAUUUGUCAAGCAAAAAAAGGGCCUUGCUUUCCGGGGGGGGGGGGGGGGGGCAUACUUUGGUGAAAAUGGCAUAUUUUCAUUACAAAUCUCGACUGAGGCUCUCUAAGGGGGGGGGGGGGUGAGCCAGAUGUGCCCUCCCCCAGAUCCACCAGUGAUAAAAAUCAACAUUUGUGAAAGAUGGCAUACGUACCUUAUACUGAAUUGGUAAAUUCAAUGCAUAUGUCUACAAAAUGAAACUGACAUGUUUGAAUAAAUUGCUUAUUUUUGUUUCUAGAAAGAAUUCAUUAACAGCUUAGAGUUAUUGAGAAAACAUCAGGCAAACAUAACAUUCUGAUAUGCAAUAACUAAAUCUGUUUUAAAUAUGCUUUGUUUAUGUCAAAGGCUUUAUCGAAAUAAGAUUAUGCUAUAAUUUAUAAAUUACUGCAUUUUGGAGCCCAUUAAAAUUCAAAAUGAAUCAUAUAGGGCAGUGCCACACCUUAUUCACUAAAAUAAAGGAGGGGUGCAGCUGAAAAAUCUCAUCAGCAGGGGCAAUAAUUUUCACCGCCAUUUCAAUAGUACUAUUAGAUAUCCUGAAAACACAUAAUUAAAAUAAAAUUAACUUUCUCUCAGGAAGUGCCCCUGUAUACUAUUACAGCCCUUAACCAGUAUAUUCUCUCAAGAGGUUCAAUAAUUCCUUCUCUUCCCUUAAUUGUAGAGUCGGUUCGGGUGCGAAUGUGUCUGAAAAAAAUGAUAAGCCAAAAAAAAAAGAUCAUUAGUAAAAAUUGUAGAGUGAACAGAACAUAUCAUUAAAACAAAAUGACAAGCAAAAACAAAGAUUGAUCUGGCAUUGGAAAAUAAAAGGAAAUUAAUGAACACCACUUCAACAAUUUUUGUUGUUUGCUUCUCCUGCUUACAACUUUAUAACUUUACCUGAUACACCAUAUAUGGACCUUUCAAAACUUUUGGCUCCAUUAUCAUGACUUUGCCACUGUUCAAGUAUUAUUUAUUUGAAACCAAUGCUAAGACUAUAAGGUGAAAUGAAAUUAUAUAAAGAAAAAAAAAAAUUCACAAAGUAUAAAAUCAUAAUGAUGUAGGUCAUGUUGAAAUUAGACCCUGGACUGGACUCAAAAUUAGAUCAAGUGUAGUGUAGACCAAAUGUAAAUUACACAAAGUGUAGACCAAAUGGCAAUUAAAAAAAAUUAGACCAACUGGACAUUUCGCAAAAUGAGGAUUAGACCAAGUGUAGACCAAAUGGGUUUAGCCCAUUUGGCAUUAGACUAAAUGAGAAGUGGGCAAACUGCAUGUAGACCAAACGAAUAUAUACAUAUUUCACACUGUGGAACUGCAUGAUAUAAAGCCAAUUUUAUGUACCGGUAUUUGACAAAGUAAAAAAAUUGUAAUUAUGUAGGUUAUGCUGAAAUUAGACCAACUGGACAUUUCGCUAAAUGAGAAUUAGACCAAGUGUAGUGUAGACCAAAUGGCAAUUCAGUAGACCAAAUGGGUUUAGCCCAUUUGGCAUUAGACUAAAUGACAAGUGGGCAAACUGCAUGUAGACCAAAUGAACAUACACCAUGUACACAUAUUUCACACUUGGGACUGAUAAAGAGAGCCGUAGCAGACGACGGAGAUGCGUACAUGAUCUGCGUCCGCAAAUAACGUGCACGCAUGUAUGUACUAACAUGAAAAACAGCAUAUGGGACGAUCUUACAAAAAAUUGCACAUGCGGGAGAGUCAUUGGAGAGUCACAGCAGAUGACGGCUAGCAGACGCCGAUGGGCGCGCGCAUUUAGCGAGCACAUCGUGAUCGUUUUAACUAUCGAUAGUACGUACAGUGUAUUAAAAAGGUACCGCGAUGUCUAUGGCUUUUUCGGACCAUGUUGGUGCUAUGAAUUUCCUUUUUUUUACAGUUUAAAUGAAUUUUACAUACUAUGCAUUCCAGAAUGAAGUAAAGCAUUGAUCAAGACAGCAAGAUAGGUUUCUGCAGUACCUAAAUCAACACAAACAGAUUUGUGAAAUGAAUUAAUUAUACAGCUACUUUUGCAGUUCAAGCAAUACUUUGACAGUAAAAUGUAACUUCAGGAAUCUUAAGAAUGGCUGCGAAGGAGGGGACAGUUGAUCUGUGGAGUGGUCAGUCAGAAACUACUUGUAAUUCCUGCGUAACAUGUGGGUCAACCGAAAACAUCAAGCAGUGUGCCAAGUGCUUGUCAGUUGCAUACUGUUCCAAAGAACAUCAGGUACAGGACUGGAAGAAACAUAGAAAGAACUGCAAGAAACAACUUCAGAACGGGAAGCAGAAUGACAAUCGCAGCCCCAUCACCCAUUCCACCUCUUCUAAAGAGACAAACCAAGAUAGCAAACUUGACCAAAGUGCCAGUAUUAACCUUUCAUUUGAAUUCGACAAGCGUCCGUACAAACCUAGGAAUUACCCCCAACCGACCGGCAAGGACUUGGUUUCUCUCGCUGAGCACGUGACCAGCCAGUUGAAAAGCAACAAUUUCUGUGUUGUGGACAGUAUCUUCAACCCAACCCUUGCCAAUGAGGUGUUAAAGGAAGUCAUUGAAGUGCAUUCUUCAGGCAUUUUCAUUGACGGCCAGCUGAGUGGUGGGAGGCGAAACAGCAGCGACACAAUUGUCACAAAGAAGACUAUUCGGGGAGAUGAGAUUACGUGGUUGGAAGGAAACGAAAAACAGUUUCCAUACAUCUGCGUGUUAGUGAAGACCUUGGAUAGGUUGCUCUCCAAAAUGAACAUUUAUUUGAAAGGAGAAUGUGAUGUUGGAGGAAGAACAAAGGCCAUGGUUGCGUGUUAUCCAGGCACUGGGACAGGAUAUGCCUGCCAUGUCGACAACCCUAACAGAGAUGGUCGCUGUAUUACUUGUCUGUUCUAUCUCAAUGAGGGCUGGGAUGUGAGAAAAACCGGUGGAUUGCUUCGACUUUUCCAAGGUUCUGAUGACUAUAUUGAUGUUGAACCGAUCUUAAACCGAGCCAUAUUCUUCUGGUCUGAUCGAAGGAAUCCACACGAGGUCCAGCCUGCAUUCAAGACACGGUACGCAAUCACAGUCUGGUAUCUGGAUAAGCAUGAACGUCUGGAGGCUCGAAAGGCUGCCAACACAGAAGAUGUAAGUAGACUACAGCAACAGUAUUCCAUGAUGAAUCUGAGUAGUAAAUCCUGUGAAAAGGAUGAAAAUGAUGGAGAGAAGAGAGAAGUUCCUUCAUGAGAGGACAAGAUUCUUUUGGGAGGAUGUUACAGAAUUGACGAUGAAGCCACACCCACCCUUGUAGCCUCCCAAUGGCCAAUGGCCCAUCUAAUUAAUUCUCAGCUGCAAGUUCUAUAUUCCUGAGGUCAGACCAAUAUUAUGCCUUUCUUUUUGCCCGAUUCAAGCUAAUGAUCCAAUUUUAUUGUUUUUGAUAUUUUGUAGAAUUAUGAUGUACAUGCUGCAAAUUUUUUUUGAAUAGAACUGUUUAUUCCACAGGAGUUUGAGGGUAUGUUAUGAAGUAAUUAUAUUUUGCAUUGGUCCGGAAUGCCUUUUUGAAAAUUAAAAAUCAAACCUUGUAUAAGAUGAAUGCUAUGCCAUCAAGAAUGAAAGAAUAUCGAGAGCAUGGUAUUCUAAAUUUCCUUUUUUAAAGAUCUUGUAAAUAAUUAAUUUGUAUUUUUUUCAACAACUCCUGAAUGAUAAUUAACAACUCUACAUUCCCCUGUUGCGAUGAACUAAAACAUUUACCAUUGAAACUUAGCCAAAAGCUGAAAUGUAUUUCCUAAUCAUUCAUUAAUAAUAUGUGAAGGUGAAUAAACAUGCACAGUGCUUGCUCUCUCUCUCUCUCUUUCUCCCUCUCUUUCUCCUCCCUUUUCUUUUUUCACUCUUUGAAUUAUGUAAAUCUAUAAAGCACAAUAUUUUAGUUUUAGCUGUAUCAUUGAUGGACAAAAGCAAACUGAUUUUGAUGGAAUCUCGUAUCAACACAUACAAUUUGGUGUGCUUAAGGACAAUGCCUUAGUUGAUCAGUUUUAAUAUAAUCAAAUUGGCAACAUCAUUUCUUCUUUCAUAGCUGCAAAGAAAUGUCUUGAAAUUUGCAAAUUCGUGGGAAACUGUUUUGGCAUUCCUAUAAUGUUGCCAAGCAAUUGAUUUUAGUGAUUUCACCCCCUUUAAGUCGAUUUGUUAACCCUAAACAAAAGGUGUGAUAAAAAGGACACAGUAUGUGCCAAAUCUUUAACUCUUUCUGGUCAUGUACUUUGAUUUGUAAGCCUAUUAUUACUACAGGAGUUGCAUAAUGAUUGCAAAAAUGCGGUUCUGAACAUGUUUGAAAUCAAAAUUUGGUGGUAAUUUUCAUGUUUUUGAAGAACAUUAGUUGGGGAAAAAUGAAUUAUUCUGACUAAAUCUGCCUUGAAAGUGCAGUCACGAGUUUGUGAUUUGCCUCAUCAACGUGCUUGAUAUUAUACUGAGAAAUCUUGUCUCUAUGAAGCUUGAGUAUUAGUAAGUAAGUUUAACAUGUUACAACUCAGAUAUUUUCUUGCUCUUCAUUCUUCAAGCUUAUUAGAUUCAUUUAAAGGUCAAGUCCACCCCAGAAAAAUGUUGAUUUGAAUCAAUAAAGAAAAAAAUCAAACAAGCAUAACUCUGAAGAUUUCAUCAAAAUUAGAUGUAAAAUAAUAAAAUUAUGACAUUUUAAAGUUUGGCUUAUUUUUCACCAAACAGUUAUAUGCACAACUCAGUGAUAUGCAAAUAACAGAGCCGAUGAUGUCCCUCUUUUUUUUUUAUUGUUUGAAUUAUACAUUAUUUCAAUUUUUACAGAUUUGACAAUUUGGACAAACUUGACUGAACCAAAAAUAUUAAAACAAUGGUAAUUCCUCAUGUAGGGAGAAUAAAAAAUAAGAGAAAAUUAGAAUAUUUCAUAUUUCAUAUAAUGAAAUACAAAAGAAAUAGUGAGUGGGUGACGCCAUCAGUCCCCUAGUUUGCAUAUCGACCAGGGGACUGUUUCAUCAACAUUUUUGUCUGACAACUUGACAGAUCUGACAUCUUUCCUUGAUUUUGAUUGGCAGAGCCGCACUGUUACUAUAGUAACUGUCGGAUAAAAUGGGACUUGUCGGAUAAAACGUCCGACAAGUCCUUUCAUGAAACGCUCCCCUGGAUGUACACUGUUUUGAUAAAUUAAGCAAAACUUAAAAUGUCAUAACUUUCUUAUUUUACAUCCGAUUUUGAUGAAAUUGUUAGUGUUAUGGUAAUGCUGUUUUCAAUUUUUCGCUUUUAUUCAAAUCAACUUUUUGUUGAGGUGGACUUGUUUAAAUCAAAUUAUGCAUUGCUUCCAUUGUUAUGAAAUAUGAAUUAACUUCAUUUUUAUUUUGUAUUUUAGUAACAGUAACAUAACAUAACAUUGAUGUUUAUUCCUGUGUGUUAUAUUUCAUCGUGUGUUGUUUUCUUAUUAGAGUGCUAAUAGUAUCAUUUCAUUGUGCUGCAUUUAAUCAUGUCUAAUUGUGAAUAUUUACAUAGUAUUUAUAUUUUUGCCAAUUGCUGAAAAAAUAUUGAAAGUUUAUGCAUUAAAAUACAUUAUAUUUUUCAUGUGUACACUAAUAUUGCAGUACGAUAGCAACUUAACUUGCAAACUGCUAUAAUAUUUUAAAUGUAUGUUGAAUAACAUCAGGGUUCCCACAGUCAUGGAAAAUCCUGGAAAAAUUUGUGGUCAUGGAAAGUCAGGGAAUUUGGAAAAUUUGUGAAAAGUCAUGGAAUUGCAUUUACCUCUUGGCUAUGGCAGCUUUCCAGUUUGUCGUGUCUUGCAACUCUCAUACUCUGAUCAUAGUCCGCUAUUAUAAUUGGUGUUCAUGAUUUCCAUUUUCCCAGUUUUGUGACAUCCCAAAUUCUACAUAACUCCUAGGACAUCAAGGGAAGUCAUGGAAAGCAGCAAUUUAGUCAUGGAAAAGACAUGGAAUUCUGUUUUCAAAUUUCUGUGGGAACCCUGAUUAUCAAGUUUUUGUCAGGCAUCUUUUAUAUAUAUGUAUAAGUGAAAUAUGUAUACUCCAAUUCGUAUAUUCAAACAAAGUAAGCCCGGGACCGAAAACCACAUUUGCAUUUAAAUCUUUUGAAAAAGGCAAUUGAAUAAUUUCAGUAUCACCAACAAGCCUAUUCACAUUUCGUUUUAUUUUUUUGGUUCAAUGAUAUUACAGUUGUCAAUGCAGUGGACAGAGUAGAUAUGCCCCAGGGAUUAUAUCAAAGAGCCUUAGGUUGAUUGAGUCGUGUGACUCCUCGUGUCGGAAUCUUUUCUUUCCUGAUUCCAACGGUGUCUUACCGGUUAGAAUCCUGUCAUCCACUAGAUGGAUGUCAGGAACUUGAACAAAAGAAGAAAAACAGCAGUUAAAUUUAAUGGAUUUCAUCAAUCCAAGGUUUUGAAUCAGUUUUGUCCUUGUGAAUGGGGUAGCUGGAUUCACCUCACACUUGCAGCCAAGUGCCUUUUACCCCUCCUUCCACUUUGCCUGAUUCAGUGCAUCCUCAACCCAACACUCUCUCCACUUGCCUCUACCAUGUCUUCUUUGACCACACACUCCUCCACGGACCACCCAUCUCAAACUCACAACUCCUUCUUUAUACCUAGUUCGUACUUUCGCGAUUCGCACCAUAAUUAAAACCGUCCUCUUAAUCGUGGCGUAAAGUAGUGAUUGUGUCAGGUCAUAUCAGAUCGUAUAAGUUCAGAUCAGUUGCGAUAAUCAUAUUUAUCGUAGAAAAUUUGUGAACGGUCCAAAAAAAUUUGCGAUCAGUUACGAAAGGCCAUUCGCAACAGAUCGCACGACAGUGGGAAUGAGGUAUUAAAAAAAACAUACCCUCAGCACGUGCCUAUGCCAAUGUACCCCAUUCACCAUUGUUCCAAACAAACAAGAUCACUUCUAUAUAAUAUCUGUAUUGAACCAAACUGUUUCCCAAACACGAUAGUUUUCAAUCAGAAGUAUGAUUUGCGUACCCUCUUUUCUUCAUUUUCUUUUCCAAAGCCAUCAAUUUGUACAAUGUCUCUAGUAAAUAUCACUGUCUUCGAUGAAUUUCGUGUUUGAGAAAUAUUGCAUGCAAAUGCUAAUCCUCCAAUAGUAUUCAAAACUGUGAAUUGGAAUAUAAUUGACAGCAAGCUGCCAUAAAGAGAAUGCUGAAUGUUUUACUUGCAGAAAAAAAGUUUAUACAAAUUGAGCUGCUGAUUUUUUUGGACAGCAGAGAUGUUACCGUAGUAAGAUUGCAUCAGAUAGAUUCUGUUCAAUAUGACAGGCUCCAGCCUGUAUGGCUCUUCUGUCUGAUAUAUUGUUUGUGAAAAUGUUUGGUGUUUUGAAUAUUAUUUUUGCUAUGACUGUUGGCAUAUUUGAAUAUCAAUGCCGCUUCAUACACAUAUUUGGGGUGAAUUAUGCUUCCAAUCGAUGGUGCGCUAUCUUGAUAUUUAAAAUAUUCAAAGUGGUCCCAGGCCUGCUUGUGAUAUUACGUUGUUAUUUUGAAAAAAAAGUAUAAAAAAGAUCAUAGGCAACUACAAGUCUCUUCUUACACAAUUACUGUAUCUUUGUAUGAUUUCGUAUGAUUUAAUUUUAUUUCAAUCACAUUCCUCGUCCUUUAGUUUUUCUUACAUUGUAUUUUUUUCAUUUGUAAACCUAAUGAAAUAUAUUUUUUUAUUCAUGUCAUUUUUUAUAUUAAUUUUUCUUUUCUCCAAAUCUCUUCAGUUUACAAAUUAUCCAUUCCUGAUAUAUGUUUUAAUGGUAUGAUUAAUUGAAUAAGAUAAGAAAAGUGAAAAUUAUUAUUCAUGUAAUGCAAACAUUCAUUUUUGAUGUCAAAUAAAUUCAGUGUAGAUAAUUAAUAUUCAAGCAAGCCUGAACAAACUGAACAUAACAAAUAAUAAAUAUUCACCCAGACAUAUUUUGGACUGGCUGUAUUGUCACCACAGCUCAGCUCAUGAACACUUUUUAUUUAACAAUUUUAAUUCAGAAAAGCCAGAAAAAAAUAUUUAUUACAUCAAUUUACCCAUUGACAAGAAAAAAAUAAGGGUCAUCAAUCCGUAAUGAUGGACAAUUCGUCACCAAAAAUUUCACCAGCCAAGGGGGGUCAUUGCUCAUUUUAUGGAGUGCGCAUCAAUGCAUUUUCACAUUUUAAGAGUGCCUUCAUGAGAAAGCGUUUAAGUGAAUGAGUCUGAUUAUUCUGGAUAUAAGUUGGCAAUCAAAUAAUUAUUUUUAAUGAAGAUGAACAAGAAUAAUUGAUCUGGAGUGGCAUACAAGUCAUGAGUGUUACUUUCUGUUUCAACCAGAGGUGUUUUUAUUGUUAAAAACGCCCUCUUUUGUUCAGACUUAUAUAGCUUGCUGAACAUCUUUAUAUCAAUUAAAGGAGAAUGAAAACUUUGGAACAAGAUAGCUUGUGUGAAAACAGAAAAAUCAAAGAAACAGAUUAACGAAAGUUUGAGAAAAAUCAGACAAAUAAUGAGAAAGUUAUGAGCAUUUGAAUAUUGUGAUCACUAAUGCUAUGGAGAUCCUCAAAUUAGCAAUGCGACAAAGAUGUGUGAUGUCACUUGUGAACAACUCUUCCCAUUUCUUAAGUAUAUAUUUCACUUAAAUUGCCGCUUUUAUCACAUCUAUCAGUAGAUCAUGUGUUCUUUCUAUAGGAGGGCAUGUAAUACAAAUUUUUAAAGAAUACAUCAUGGUUAAAAGUUUGUAUCACCACAAGAAAAAGCAGAAAGAGACAUUUUGAGGGUAUUUUAUAGUCCAUCAAAGGGAAAGUUGUUCACUUGUGACAUCACACAUCCUUGUCGCAUUGCCAAUGGGAGGGUCUCCAUAGCACUAGUGAUUGCAAUAUUCAAAUGCUCAUAACUUUCUUAUUAUUUAUCCGAUUUUUCUCAAACUUUCUUUGUUCUUAUUCUUUGAUUUUUCCGUUUCGACACAAGCCUACAUAAUCCAAAGGUUUCAUUCCCCUUUAAGUAUUUCCUCCCUCAUCCAUAUAAGACCUAUAGAGUUGAUCUUGUGUGCAUGUACAGAAACUGCUGCAUUAUUGUUAUAUUUCUUUUCAGAAUGGAUGCUGCUUUUAUAAAAAAAACAAGCAUUGUGAAGAUUAAAUAUGUAUAAAUGUUCGUAUAUUUUGUGCUGGAAAAUCUGAAGUAAUUUAUCAAGUUGUAUGCUCUAGUUAAUAUUAAGAAUGAAUGUUCCACUACUGGGAUUUGUGUAUUAUAAAGCACAUCACACACAGACGAACAUUUGUUUUUGUAAAAUAAAAAAUCAUAUUUUUUAUAUAUUGAAAUGCUGAGAAGCAUUAAAAUCUAUCCCUUAUCAUUUUGAAUUUGUAUUUUUUUGGUCAUCUGAUACUUAUCUUAAACAUAUACUACUUUUGUUUCUGCAUUUGUUUUAAUACUGAUAUUUGAUUUAUGUUUAUCAGUGUAAAGACCCUCUUACAGUAUAAGAGUGGUAUAUCUUCUUCAUAGGAAGUUUAAUGUUAUUUUUAAUUUCAAAUGUUAUAUUUUCUUCCAGGAGUUCACCCAACUUAAAAGAGCUUUAAUGUUUGGUGGUAUCAGCUUUGUGUUUUUUUUUAUAUGUGAAUGAUUAAUUGUUGUCUUUCUGAACAUAUAGAGUCUUAUUGUAUUCACUAGAAAAAGGCAACAAAUAUUACACUGUAAUAAACAUGAUAUUACAGGGAAAAUACAUGAUCAAAUUGGUGUACAUUAUUGCAAGUUAACAGAACAUAUUCCUUAAAAAAAAAAGUGUGAGAAAUAUUGUUUAUUAAUAAUAAACAAGAAAUGUGUAUGUAUUCAGAUCCCUUAUACUGAUUUUCUCUACUUUCACAGAGUGCUCCGCGAAUUCUUAAUGAUAUAUAUUUUGUUUUCAAGUUUGUGAAUCCUACAGUCGCAGAGUAGUGUAUAGAACUUCCUAAAUGAAACGAAUUAUCAGGUUUUCAACAUAGCUUUUCCAUUUAUUUAUAUUUGAAAUGCCGUAUUUUUUUAAAAAUAUUUGAUAGAGAACUGUUACAUGUACUUCUUUCUUUAUUUCUAAGAAUAAAUUCAUCACUUGCUGAGAUAGUCUGUUAUAGAAUAGAUGAAAUUUGAAUUAUAUUAAGAGGUUGGCAGUAGUAUUAUUAGCAGUUCUUGAGACUCUGCUGCAGUCACUUCUGGAUUUUUUUAAAGCACACGAGAUUAUAAUUUUUUUUCUUUAAAGGAAAAUUUUUCUUGUAGGGGUUUACACAAAGUAAUUAGAGAGAAACUUUACUCUUCUGAGGUAUCAGUUUAUUUCUAUAGAUAGUAAAAAUAUUUUGACCUGUACUUUAGAUUUCAAUCUAAGAUUUUAUUGUAAGGAAUCAUUUAAAACAAAAAUCUCUCACAGUGGAUAUUUUAUUGAUCAAUUUUCUUGGAUCUCUAUUCAUAUUAUUACAAACUGUUUAGGAAUUGUUAAAGGUAUGGACUAUUUGUGUUUUUAGACCAGAAACUCAGAAAACAAAAGGAACAUUACAGUUUUCACCUUUUGACACUCGAUAAUAAUAAAAUAAUUGGUAAAUAGAUGUAUCAUUAAACCUCUUUUCAUACCACUUAUAUUUUGUCUGAAUUUCUCUCCGUUUCUAUUUGGUGUAGCCAAGCCGUUACCACUGUCAAUUUUGGACCAAUUUUAUUUCUAAAAAUUAGUUUUCGUCGUGAAUCAUUGAAGUCAUAUUUUGUUUUGUUUAGAGGGGAGGCAGAGACCAUUUGACCAGCAAAUGUGUGGUGUGCUGGGCAUGUUACCCUCUCAGAGCCAAAAGUGCCCGAUACCGCAUUUGAGAGGGGCUUUGAUUUUGACUGAUGUAUGAUCAACUAAUAUGAUUAUGUAUAUGUGGUAAAACCAAAGAUUUGUUGUUUAUUCUUUUCGUGUAAAAAGUAUAGAUUUAUCAUACCUUUGUCGAAAUGGUGAUCGGAGCACUUCCAUGUUACUGACCAUACUCACAUUAUGCUGUGUUUAAAUGCAUGAAUGAAUAAAACAAUAUUUUAUGAAUGCUAUGAGAAACGGUUUU